AUGGGUUCCUCUCGGGCACGCUGGAUGGGGCGUGUGGGAGGGCAAGGGAUGAUGGCAUUGCUGCUGGCCGGUCUCCUGCUGCCAGGGACCUUGGCUAAGAGCAUUGGGCCCUUCUCAGAUCCCUGCAAGGACCCCACCCGGAUCACCUCUCCCAAUGACCCUUGUCUCCUUGGAAAGGGUGGCUCGAAGAGUUUCAGUAGCCAUGGCAGCUCCAGUAGCUUCAGUUCCAGUUCCAGUGGCUCCAGCAGUGGCAUCAGCAGUGGCUCCAGUGGCUCUAGUAUCUCCAGCGGCGGCUCUGGCGGCUCUAGUAUCUCCAGCGGUGGCUCCGGUGGCUCCAGUGUCAUCCAUGGUAGUUCUUCAGGAUCUUCAGUAUUUAAGCCAGGAACAGGCUAUAGCCAGAUCAGUUGGUCCUCUGGAUCUGGCUCCAGCCUCCAAAGCCCUUCCAGCUCCUCCCAGUCUGGAGUCAGCAGAGGACGAGGCGAUGGCUCCGCUCUACCCAUCGACGAUUCCUCCCGCUCGCCAUCAGGCUCUUUCCAGUAUGGAGGAGGCUCUUCCUCUUCCCAAAGCUCCAGCAUGUCUAGCAGUAGUUCCCAAAGCAGCAGCAGCUCCAACCUGCGGCCUUGUAGCUCCAAUGUCCCCGACUCUCCCUGCAGCGGGGGCCCUGUCGUCUCCCACUCUGGCUCCUACGUCUCCAGCUCCCACACUGUGUCAGGGGGGCAGAAGCCUGUGAUAGUCGUGGUAGAGCAGCACGGCUCGGGUGGGCCUGGAGUGGUUCAAAACAUGCCCUGUAGCAAUGGAGGCCUGGCAGGGAAGCCCUGCCCUCCCAUCUCUUCUGUCCCGCAGUCCUAUGGUGGCUAUGAGGUCGUAGGAGGGUCUGCUAACAGUUACCUCGUCCCAGGUAUGACCUACAGUGGAGGCAAAAUCUACCCAGUGGGCUACUUCACCAAAGAUAACCCUGUCAAGGGCUCUCCAGGUGUCCCUGCUUUUGCAGCUGGGGCUCCUGUCUCCGAGGGCAAAUACUUCUCCAGCAAUCCCAUCAUCCCCAGCCACAGCUCUUCGAGUUCUAACGUCUACCAAUCAGGCCCUUCCCCGGCCAUUGUGUUUCAGCCUGUGGGCACUGGUGGUGUUCAGCCCUGUAGAAUUGGCUCCACGAGUUCGAAGGGGCCCUGCUCCCCAUCCAGUUCCAUAGUGCACAUCAGUUCUAGCAGUUCCAGUUCGUCCUACCACCCCUGCAGUGGGGUUUCGCAGGGACCUUGCUCCCCACCAGGCACUGGCCCCAUCCAGGGCAGCUCCAACUCCCUGUCAGGUGGCAAAAUCAUCCUUCAACCCUGUGGCAGCAAGUCCAGCUCUUCUGGUCACCCUUGCAUUUCGGUUUCCUCCUCAACCUUGAGUGGAGGUCCCGAUGGCUCUCCUCAGCCGGAUCUUUCUGCUGGAGCCAGGCCCUGUGGCCCCAGAAGCUCUGGAAGGGUCCCCUGCCGCUCCAUCCGGGACAUUCUGGCCCAAGUGAAGCCUUUGGGGCCCCAGCUGGCUGACCCGGAAGUUUUCCUGCCCCAGGAACAAUCAGUUGGCAAUCCCUAA